AUGGCGCAUGCCCAUCACCAUCAGUCCCCUCUGCAGGUAAGCGAAGAACAUCGCGGCUUCAGACGGGGAGCGGCCUUUAUCAUCGGCGGCCUGACCAGUGGCCACGGCGUAUUUCACUGGCUCACCCAGAGCUUCAUCGUUGUGCUGCCCGAGGUCCGGGACCUGCUGUUGGGCGGCAGUGUUGUAGCCACUACCAGCAUUCAAUCAACCCGUGAAAUUGCCUCCGGGGUGGUCUCGCUUCCGGGCGGUGUCCUGACCGACGCUCUGCGGCGCCACUGGGGCUGGGUGAUGGCCGUGUGCAUGGCCUUAUUUGGCGUGGGCUGGAUCCUGAUGGCCGCCGGCGGCUGGACGGUGCCCGGCAGCUCCUGGCUUACGGCGGAACAGUCUGCCGCAGCCGGAGAGGCUUCGGGUGAGCUAAACGUUGCCGGAUAUGCGCUCCUCCUCUUUGGUAUGGCCAUCGUGGGUAUGGCGGCUUCAUUCUGGCACCUGCCGGCGGUAGCGGCCCUCUCCAGCCAGUUUCAGCCAUCGUCGCGCUUCGGUCCUUUCUUUCCACGGCGUGGGUGGCAACGUUGGCGAUGUUAUCGGGCCCGUAUUGACCGGUCUCCUCCUUUCGACCCUUACCUGGCAGGGGAUAAUCACAAUCUAUGGUGCGGUACCAAUAUUCCUGGCGUUUCUGGUCUUCUGGGCUUUUCGCGACAUUGGUCGACGCCGUGA